AUGUCUUCCACUGACGCCUCCACUCAACGUGUUGAAGAAGCACUUGAGAAGUUGAACUUGGAUUCUACUGCAUCACCUGCUGCUGAUGCAGAUGCUGCUGCUGCUGCAACCGAAGCUUCUUCUACAGCUACUGGUGCAUCUGCUUCCGGUGAAGAAUCUUCGGAAGUUAACCCUGUUGCUGAUUCAUCUGCAUCUUUGUAUGUUGGUGAAUUGGCUCCAUCUGUCAACGAAGCCAUGUUAUACGAGAUCUUCUCUCCUAUUGGUCAAGUUGCCUCCAUCAGAGUUUGUCGUGACGCUGUCACCAAGAAAUCCUUGGGUUACGCUUACGUCAACUACCACAAGUUUGAAGAUGGAGAAAAAGCCAUUGAAGAUUUGAACUACCACGUCAUUGACGGCCGUCCUUGUCGUAUCAUGUGGUCUCAAAGAGAUCCUGCUUUGAGAAGAAACGGUGACGGUAACAUUUACAUCAAGAACUUGGAUCCUGCCAUUGACAACAAGGCUUUACACGACACUUUUGCUACUUUUGGUAAGAUCUUGUCUUGUAAGGUUGCCACUGAUGAAGCUGGUCAAUCCAAACAAUUUGGUUUUGUUCAUUAUGAGGAUGCCGCCUCUGCUCAAUUUGCUAUUGAGAACGUUAACGGUAUGUUGUUGAAUGGUCUUACUGUUUUCGUUGGGAAGCACAUUUCCAAGAAGGACAGAGAAUCAAAGUUUGAAGAAAUGAAGGCUAACUUCACCAACGUUUACGUUAAGAACUUGGACACUUCAUUCACUCAAUCUGAAUUGGAAGAUUUGUUCACUCCAUUUGGUAAGAUUACCUCUGCAGUCUUGGAACUCGACCAAGAAGGUAAAUCCAAGGGUUUUGGUUUCAUUAACUUUGAAGACCACACUGCUGCCAUCAAGGCCGUUGAAGAAUUGAACGAAAAGGAAAUCAAGGGUCAAAAAUUGUACGUUGGUAGAGCUCAAAAGAAGAGAGAAAGAACUGAAGAAUUGAGAAAGCAAUAUGAAUCUGCUAGAUUGGAAAAGUUAUCUAAAUUCCAAGGUGUUAACUUGUUCAUCAAGAACUUGGAUGAUACCAUUGAUUCUGAAAAAUUGGAAGAAGAAUUCAAACCUUUUGGUACCAUUACUUCUGCCAGAGUUAUGGUUGAUGAAACCGGUAAAUCUAAGGGUUUCGGUUUUGUUUGUUUCUCUUCUCCUGAAGAAGCCACUAAGGCUAUCACUGAAAUGAAUCAAAGAAUGGUUUUAGGGAAACCAUUAUACGUUGCCUUGGCUCAAAGAAAGGAUGUUAGAAGAUCUCAAUUAGAACAACAAAUCCAAGCCAGAAACCAAAUGAGAAUGCAAAAUGCUGCUGCUACUGGUGGUAUCCCCGGUCAAUUCAUUCCUCCUAUGUUUUACGGCCAACAACCAGGGUUUUUCCCACCAAAUGCUAGAGGUAACGGUCCAUUCCCUAACCCUAACCCUCAAAUGAUGAUGCCAAGAGGACAAAUUCCUCCACCUCAAGGUCAAUGGCCAAGACCUGGUCCUAACGGCCAACCUGUUCCAGUUUACGGGAUGCCACCAGUCUACGGUGGAGACUUCCAAAACAACAACCGUCAACAAAGAGGUUACUACCCAAACAACAACCGUGGUGGACCUAACAAUGGUAAGGGAGGUCGUCAACAAAGAGACUUGGCUGCCAUCAUUGCCAACUCUCCUCCAGAGCAACACAAGAGAAUCUUGGGUGAAGAAUUGUACCCCAAGAUCGUUGCUACCGGUAAGGCUGACGAACAAGAAGCUGCCGGGAAGAUCACUGGUAUGAUGUUGGAUUUGGAUAACCAAGAGAUCAUUGCCUUGUUGGAAGAUGAUGAAUUGUUCAAUGCUCACUUUGCUGAUGCUUUGACUGCUUAUGAAGACUACAAGAAGUCUUCUGAAGAUGCUGAUACAUCUGCAGCUGCUGCUCCUGCUACUACAGCUGCUGCUCCAAGUGCUUAA